UCUUGCUUUUCUCACCGAGUGGGUUUUUGUUCUCUACUGGUCCCUAUAGAAGUUGAUUGAUGGUGGGCAGCUUAAAUAGAGUGGAGGACUGCACCCAUGAGGGUAACUCACUCCACCAUUCAUCACCUCCACCACCAUCAUCAAUCAUGGGUGCUAGAGACCAAGAACCCAGGGACUCAGUCUCUCAGCCCCAAGAGAUAGCCUUGGAGGUGCACAAGGUUAUCCCACCACCCCCUAGGAGCACGUUAGACAGGUUCAAAGGAAGAUUCAAAGAAACCUUCUUCCCUGAUGACCCCAUGCGCCAGUUCAAAGGUCAGCCCCUCCAAAGAAAAUGGAUUUUAGCCCUUCAAUAUCUCUUCCCCAUACUUCACUGGGGUCCCACUUACAGCCUCGCCCUCUUCAAGUCUGAUAUAAUUUCUGGCCUCACCAUAGCAAGCUUAGCCAUUCCACAGGGAAUUAGUUAUGCUAAGCUUGCUAACUUACCGCCCAUCGUCGGCCUUUAUUCCAGCUUUGUGCCCCCUCUUGUGUAUGCAGUGCUUGGAAGUUCAAGGGACCUUGCAGUGGGCCCAGUUUCUAUUGCAUCUCUCAUACUAGGCUCCAUGCUUAUGCAAGAAGUGUCACCAAUAGAAGAGCCUCUCCUCUUCCUUCAUCUGGCUUUUACUUCAACCUUCUUUGCAGGCCUUUUCCAAGCUUCUUUGGGUAUACUAAGGUUGGGAUUUAUAAUAGAUUUCCUAUCAAAAGCUACACUCAUAGGAUUCAUGGCUGGAUCUGCAAUAAUAGUCUCUCUACAACAGCUUAAAGGACUACUUGGGAUUGAGCAUUUUACUAAGCAGAUGGGCAUGGUUCCUGUCAUGAGCUCAGUUAUCCACAGAAGAAAUGAGUGGUCAUGGCAAACCAUCCUCAUGGGCGUUUCCUUCCUCGUAUUCCUACUCGUGGCAAGACACGUCAGCUUGAAAAAACCGAAGCUGUUUUGGGUGUCAGCUGGGGCCCCUCUGCUAUCCGUGAUCCUCGCAACGGUUCUUGUUUACGCAUUCAAGGCCCAAAAUCACGGCAUCAGCAUCAUUGGGGCAUUGCCACGUGGACCUAACCCUCCAUCAUGGAAGACGUUACAAUUUCAUGGUGGCCACUUACCAUUGAUCGUCAAAACUGGCCUCAUUACUGGCAUUAUCUCCCUCACCGAAGGAAUUGCUGUUGGAAGGACGUUUGCUUCGUUGAAGAAUUACAAAGUGGAUGGAAAUAAGGAAAUGAUGGCCAUUGGAUUGAUGAACAUGCUUGGCUCUUGCACCUCUUGCUACGUUACAACAGGAGCAUUCUCUCGAUCUGCGGUCAACCACAAUGCAGGAGCAAAAACGGCAAUGUCGAACAUAGUGAUGGCGAUCACUGUGAUGAUCACACUCCUCUUGCUCAUGCCACUCUUCUACUACACACCCAACGUCGUGUUGGGCGCAAUCAUAGUCUCUGCAGUGGUGGGCCUCAUUGACAUCCCAGCCGCCUACCUCAUCUGGAAGAUCGACAAGAUCGAUUUCAUCGUGUGUAUAUCGGCAUUCCUCGGCGUCAUCUUCAUCUCCGUCCAAAAUGGUCUUGCCAUCGCCGUUGGGAUAUCGAUCUUCAAGGUCCUUAUGCAAAUCACGAGGCCUAAAACGGUCCUUCUUGGAAACAUACCGGGGACGGAUAUCUACAGAAAUCUUAAUCACUACAAGGACGCCAGAAGAAUCCCUGGCUUCCUCAUCCUCAGCAUUCAAGCUCCUGUCAACUUCGCUAACACCAACUACCUCACUGAAAGGAUUUGUAGAUGGAUAGUAGAAGAGGAAGAAGAAGAAACAGAAGAAGAAAAAACAGGAAAAGCAGAACAGAUGGGCCUCCAGUAUGUGAUCCUAGAUAUGUCAGGUGUGCCCUCCAUAGAUACAAGUGGGAUCACACUCCUGACGGAUCUGAAGAAAAUGACAGAGAAAAUGGGCAUUGAGCUUGUGUUGGUGAAUCCGUUGGGAGAAUUAAUGGAGAAGUUGCUUAACGCAAAUCAGGCUCAGAGCUUCAUGGGAAAGGACUCCUUAUAUCUGACGGUUGGAGAGGCUGUUAUUUCUCUUUCAUCCAAGAUCAAGGGUGGUGGAUCAAACCAUGUAUGAUAGAUUAGUGUGUACACGGCCCACCAACAGGGGUCCAUUAGAUGCUUAUGUAAUCAUAGGACAUCCAUACAUCGCCAUUUGUAGGCUCUAUUUCACCCACGUAUUCCUAGGUUUCAAUUACAUCUAAAGCAGCUAUAACUCUAAUAGCUUUU